GGUGGCCCCUCAGCCACGGCGCGGCGGGGAGCGGCGGAGCGGGGAAUGCCUCGGGCCGCGGGUUGCGGGGCACGAAAGUGAGGUAAAAAUGGGAGAUUUCAGGUUUGUUUCCAGUAGCCACAGGGAGUGCGUCAACGCCCGGCCGUGGCAGCUUCACCUGGAAGUCAUGUCAGGUGUAAUUCUGGGAGACCUGUAGAAAACCUGACGCAAAGCUCACCUUUACCCCCCAGAGCAGGACAGACUGGGGGCUUCCCUGAAUUAGAAGGGAAAUCACGACCUUGAAAGUAACAUUUACAGAAGCAGUACGUAUGCACUGUGACUUGAGCAUUGCUAUGGAGCACUUUGUUACCACCGCUUCUUGGUGAAAAUCGGCUGUUGUGACAUUGCAAUUGCCAGUAAGAGCCAGACCUCGCAUUUUGAAAGAAGAGAAGCAAUCGAUUUUAAUCUGAGCCACCAUGUCCCGGGAGCCCGAGAUCAUGGAGUCGCAGGUGAUGUGGGAGCCUGACACGAAGCGCAACACCCACAUGGACCGGUUCCGCGCCGCCGUGGCCAGCAGCUGCGGGCUCCGCCUGGCCAACUACAAUGACUUAUACCAGUGGUCAGUGGAAUCCUUCUCAGACUUCUGGGCAGAAUGCUGGAAGUACAGUAACAUUGUAUGUUCUCGCCUGUAUGAUGAGGUGGUUGAUACAUCCAAAAGUAUUGCAGAUGUCCCGGAAUGGUUUAAAGGCAGCCGUCUGAACUAUGCAGAAAAUCUUCUGAAGCACAAGGACAAUGACAAGAUUGCACUGUAUGCAGCAAGUUACUUACCAAACAGCAUUCAUGCGGUGGAAGCAAUGCUCGCUGCUGCAAGUAUUGGUGCUAUCUGGAGUUCAACAUCACCGGACUUUGGCAUUAACGGUGUACUGGACAGAUUUUCCCAAAUUCAGCCUAAGCUCAUCUUCUCUGUUGAAUCCGUUAUAUACAAUGGCAAAGAACAUAACCACCUGGAAAAGCUGCUCAGUGUGGUGAAAGGGCUUCCAGAUGUAAAAAAAGUGGUGGUGAUUCCGUAUGUCUCCUCAAGGGAAGCCAUAGAUAUUUCUAAGAUUCCAAACAGUGUCUUUUUAGAAGACUUCCUUGCUACCGGGAAAGGAGACCAGGCCCCUCAGCUGGAGUUUGAACAGCUGCCUUUCAGUCAUCCUCUCUUUAUCAUGUAUUCGUCAGGCACAACAGGGGCACCAAAAUGCAUGGUUCAUUCAGCAGGGGGUACGCUAAUACAGCAUCUGAAGGAACACAUUCUUCAUGGCAACAUGACCAGCAAUGACGUUCUUAUGUACUAUACAACGCAACAAGGAUAUUCCUGCCUCUAAUUUCACGAUUCAUGAAGUCCACUGCAGCAGAUUUCUUGCAGCGUGCCAGUACUGCGAGGUUUACAUCCCAAUUUCGGAAAUGAAG